AUGCAAUUCGACAGCGAGAAAAAGACCAAGAAGAAGAAGAAGGGAGCCGAGCUGACUGAAGCCGAUCUUGAUGAGAUUCACCGCAGUAAUGAUUUUGCACUAAAGUCUCAGGAAAAGGCAGCAGCUUUGCCCACAGACAAAUGGCCUCUUUUACUCAAGAACUUUGACAAACUAAAUGUCCGGACUUUCCACUUUACCCCACUGCCAAUGGGAUGUUCCCCGUACAAGCGUGAAAUUCGCGAGUACCUGCGAUCAGGAUUCAUCAACCUAGACAAGCCGUCAAAUCCUUCAUCUCACGAAGUUGUGUCAUGGGUUAAGCGUAUUCUACGAGUCGACAAAACUGGCCACAGUGGAACGCUAGAUCCCAAAGUUUCUGGUUGCCUCAUUGUCUGCAUCGACCGAACGACUCGCCUGGCGAAGAGUCAGCAGAAUGCAGGCAAAGAGUACGUUGGCAUCUUCCGCUUGCACUCUAGCCCAUCUGGCGGAACUGCGGCCGUUCAACGAUGUGUUCAGCAACUGACUGGAGCCCUCUUUCAGCGGCCCCCACUGAUUGCCGCCGUCAAGCGACAGCUUCGUAUUCGCACCAUCUACGAGAGCAAGCUGUACGAGUUCAAUGAGAAGAACAAUCUCGGCAUUGCGUGGGUCAGCUGCCAGGCUGGAACGUACGUGCGAACACUCUUCGUCCAUUACGGUCUGGUGCUCGGUGUGGGCGCACAAAUGGUGGAACUUCGCCGAGUCCGUUCGGGCAUUCAGCACGAGUCAGAAGGUUUGAUCACGAUGCACGACCUUGUCGACGCCAUGUACCUCUUUGAUCAUCACAAGGACGAGUCGCUGCUGCGUCAGGUAAUUAAGCCGCUGGAAGCACUUCUCGUUGGACACAAGCGAAUCAUCGUGAAGGACACUGCAGUUAAUGCCAUCUGCUAUGGAGCCAAAAUUAUGCUGCCCGGCGUGCUGCGAUUCGAAGACGGCAUUGAGCUCAAUGAAGAAAUUGUUAUUGUCACCACUAAAGGUGAAGCUGUUUGCCUGGCAAUUGCUCUCAUGACCACUUCUACCAUGGCUUGCUGCGAUCACGGCAUCGUGGCCAAAAUUAAGCGCGUGGUAAUGGAGCGAGACACCUACCCACGAAAGUGGGGCCUAGGUCCUGUGGCUGCACUAAAGAAAAAGCUUAUCAAGGAUGGUUUCCUUACCGAUAAGGGCAAACCUAAUGAAAAGACACCAAAAGAGUGGUUUGCAAAGAUCGGUGCCUCCGAGGACGCUGCAAAUCAAAAUCAGGCUAAAAAGUUCAAAGAAACACUGGCAGAAGCAGUUGAUGAGGAGGCUGUCGAGGAAGUGGAAGAGGCUCCAGUAGAGAAGAAGAAAAAGAAGAAGAAAGCUAAAGAGGCUGUUGAAGAAGAAGAAGAGGAGUGA